GUGGUGACAAAACCGAUGCCUUGUUUUGAAUGAUUUGCAAGUUUUGAGUGAUUUUUGUGAAACUAAUCCAACAUUUGGUUCAUCUGAUUAUCACUUGAAUUAUAAACGAUGGCUUUGUUUGAUGCAGAGGAUCGGUUCCAUAAGACACGACACGAGUCGUUGGCACCCAAUCCCACACUCGGCUCACACUUGGAUGCAAUGGUUCCCAAUUGGAUGCGCGAAGAAGUCUCCACAGGAACAUCUAUAAUGGCGGUUGAGUUCAACGGCGGUGUAGUGAUAGGCGCCGACUCGCGCACAACCACCGGCGCAUACAUCGCUAAUCGUGUGACCGAUAAGUUGACGCGAAUUACGGAUAAUAUCUAUUGCUGUCGAUCGGGAUCUGCUGCCGACACUCAGGCCAUCGCCGAUAUAGUGGCCUAUCAUUUGAACUUUUAU